CUGAAAUAAACUACUGUUGCGCCAUCUAUCAAUAGCGCCGAAACUAAAUGAAAGUCUAAAAUUUCUCAUAAGGCUGUCUAGGCCCUGGUUUCCAGACCUACUAACUAAAUAAUGUACGACCGUUGUUAUUACCGUUGAGUGUUGAAUCAGUUGAAUGUCGUUAGUUUCUAUUCGGAGUUUGAAUAAGUUUUUAACUUUUUUAAAUAUUUUGUGUUUUCGUUGUUAUUGUUAUAGAGGCAUUACGCCAUUUUUGUUGAACACUUUAAAUAAAUCCGCAACCAUGGUGAAAAGGAAGAGAAUGCCAUCGAAAAAUACAUCUUCAAGUUCUACAGGCGAUUCCCAACAUGCUUCAGUUAGAUCUUUGCCUUCGAAAUCAACAAAUGCUUCAAAAAGGGAUUCGAGAAAGGUCAUACGACCCAAAAAAAAAUAUCCAACGACACUUUAUUGUUUGGGAAAUAAAAAGUAUAAUGUUUAUAACACUGUUUUGAAGCAAAUUAAGAAACUCCAGUCCAGCACUGCCAAUUUAAUACCCAAGUUGCCUUUUUGUCGAUUAAUUAGAGAAAUUUUAAUGGAGCAUUCUCAGGUAGCCCACCAUAUCCAAUUAGACGCAUUGAGAGCACUUCAAGAAGCUGCAGAAAUGUUCCUUACAAACUUAUUUACCGACGCUAAUAAGUUGGCUGGUCAUGCUAAAAGAGUUACAAUUUAUCCAAUUGACAUACAGUUAGCUUUAAAUCUACGAGGAGAGCCCGCUCUGUAGAUUAUGAUUCAACUUGGAUUUGCUUAGACUGAAUUAAAGGCAUUAAUUCAAAAUAGAUUUUGUAAUAACACCGUUUUGUUGAGUUACUUUAAUUGUUAAAUAUUGAUUGUUCUUUCAUUUUAAUAAAGUUUAAUAAUAAAAUUUGAUUAGCAGUACAAUGUGCCACCUAUGUUAUCUUUGUACUGAAUUCUUAAGUAUUCGGCCGCCUUUUCGGACAGUCCCAAUUUAAUUAUAUCCUGUUCUAGUUCCUCCGGUUUUCCAACGCCGGCGACAUAGCCGUUGAGUCGCGCCGCGACGUGCGAGGUUUGGAGUAAUUGAGGCGUCAAAUUUAAUUCGUCGCACAAGAAAGAAUGCCUUUGCAAUCGGUAUUUCUGGUGAUAGCUGAAAUGGAAUCGGAGUUAUUUUUUUGACGAACUAAUAUGAUGUUUUUUUACCUCUCUGCCGGGUAAAACUUUCCGGCCGGCGCAACUUCUGUUAUUAAUUUAGUAUUCCUUUUUUGCUCUUCCGAUUUGAUGGAAUUUUCCGCCGCAAGUUUCUGCUCUUCAUCGUGGUAUAAAAUCAGAGACAUGUACUGAAAGCGUUUCGGUUAGUAACGUAAUUUACGAAACAAAUUUAUUUUACCUGUCUCUUUACUUUGGUGGUUAAUCCGUAUUCAUGGUGAGCGUAAAAUAAAUCCAAUAGCUCCUCGUAAUUCACUGUUUUCGGGUCGUAAUCGAUUUCUAUGACUUCAGUGUGAUCGCCCCUGAAAUAUCACCAUAAAUACCUUUUAACUUGCCGCGUGUUGUUUACUUACAAACUUUUAUAUGCCGGGUUCUCCUUCGUACCCCCCGAAUAACCAACACGGGUCCUUAAAACGCCUCUUUGUGCCCCAUAGAGGGCAUCGUUGGCCCAGAAGCAACCCAUACCAAAUGUCGCUUUCUUGAAGGGAACGUCCACAUUGUGUAGAACAUCAGGCAUGUUGGUUUUGAAAUGUCUAUAAAAAUAUUGUUAAAUAUUGAUAAGUUUCAUUGAACCGAUCACACACGUAUACACUUGUCGAGUAUUACAUAUGAACUGAUAUAGUCGGGCGAUCUGAAUGAUUUUUU